GGUUGAAGACAUGGCCUCAGAUCAAAUGGAGGUGGCCGCCCUUGGUAGACCUUUCGCAUUGGGGAUGCUAUAUGACGCUUACAGAGAUAAGCUAAUAACUGAUUUUUCUCUAUGGGACAGAGAAACUAUUCAAAAGUACAAGAUAAAAAAAACUCAAAAUGGCACUUUCUGUGAAACUACUGUCUCAGACUCCAUUGACGAAAAGGCUUCUCUGCUGAAGGCUGAUGCGUCUCUCAUAGUCAGUUUUCUUAGUGGUCUGGUUGAAGUUGGAGGAGCUGCCAACUACUUGCUUGAUGAUAAAGAGUUCAAGAACCAGAGCAGAGUUAUACAUCAGUACAGAGCCACAACGGCUUAUGAACGACUGGAACUAAAUCAUCAGGACGCCAAGAAACUGCAAAUAGAAGAGGUCAUCCGGAACAGCAAUGCAACACAUGUUGUCACAGGCAUCCUUUAUGGGGCCAAUGCUUUCUUUGUGUUUGACAACUACUGUGAUCUCACAUUGGACCCAGAAACUGUGAAUGGGAACCUCGUUCUGUCUGAAGGAGACAAGAAAGCAACAUGUGGACCCUGGCAGCAAUAUCCUAAAACAGAGAAGAGGUUUAAUCGAUACCCCCAGGUUCUCUGCAGAGAGGGUCUUAAAGGCUGUCAUUACUUUGAAGUUAUGUGGAGCAAUGAAACUACUAAAGGUAUUGGGGUUGGUCUUGCAUAUGAAGGCGUUCCAAGAAACGGAAAUGGCCUGCACACUGGGUUUGGAUAUAAUGAUAUCUCCUGGUAUUUUGGUGUUUACAGCAAUAGUUAUUGUGUAUGGCACAAUAGUAAAAAGAUGUGGUCCUCUACUCGUCCUUCUGGAUGCAACAGGAUUGGGGUUUAUCUAGACUGGCCAGGCGGCACGCUGUCCUUCUACCAAGUGUCUUCUAACUCUUUGACCCAUCUGCACACCUUUGAGAAACGAUUCUCUGUACCACUUUACCCAGGUUUCUAUAUCUGGGACAAAUCCACAUAUGCAACUUUCUGUCCAGCUUAGAAUUGAUAUAACAUUGAUAUAGUGUGUGUGUGUAUAUAUAUAUAUAUAUAUGACAUGUUUAAUGAAAUUGCAAUUUUCAUUUUAUUCUUUGUUAUUUUAAUCAUUAAACUCUGAGUACAUAGGUUAGGGAAAACAAACUUUAUAUAUCAAUAAUACUUGUGCUUUCACAGCCUGUCACUCAUUGCUGUAGCCAGAAUCAUAUGACAGGGCACUCCAAGAAAGGAUAAUAUUCCCUCAGUACAAAGCUAGAAAAGGCAAAUGACGUCCUACCUAAAACUUUUGCUGCACAUGCAAUCAGCUGAAAUAACACAUAAACAUAUUUAAUUUACAAUACAUCAUUAAGAUUUCUGAGCGGAUGACUCUGAGCAGAAUCAGAACUCUGUUAAAAAAAGAAUGCCAGCUUAGCUGUGCUGGAAAUGCACAGCUAAGCUGAAUGUUUUUAAAAUGUGUAAUUAAGAGAAAAAUUUCUAGGUAUUCAAUCA